GCCGCAGAUCACGAUAGCGACGGCCAUCGUGUUCUGCCAUCGCUUCUUCAUGCGCCAGUCGCACGCCAAGAACGACAGAUAUGCGAUAGCGACAGUGUGCAUGUUCCUGGCGGGCAAGGUGGAGGAGACGCCGCGUGCGCUGAGGGAGGUGGUACAGAAGAGCUUCGACGCGCAGGCCAGGAAGGACCCCGCCGCCGCUGCCAAGCUGCCCCACAAGGAGGAGCAGCAGAGGGAGGUGGUGCUGGUGGGCGAGGGGCUGGUGCUGGCGACGCUGGGCUUCGACCUCAACGUGUCCCAUGCCUACAAGCCCCUGGUGGCCGCCGUGAAGCGCUUCAAAGUGGCCCAGCAGGCGCUCGCCCAGGUCGCCUGGAACUUCAUCAACGAUGGGCUGCGCACGUCGCUGUGUCUGCAGGUGCGCGCGGAGCAGUUUGCGGCGGGCGCCAUCAGCCUGGCCGCCAAGUUCCUGCGAGUCAAGCUGCCGGGCGACAGCCACUCGCCCUGGUGGGCCGACUUCAACGUCACGCCCACACUGCUCCAUGACGUGAGUGUGCAGCUGCUGGAGCUCUACGAGCAGGUGCGCCUCGCCCCCACCCCCAACCCCACUGCCAUUGCUCCUUCCGCCGCUGCUGCCGCCCGCGGCACCAGCAGCAGCGCGGCCUCGCAGGGGAGGGCGUCCGCUGGCGCCGUGAGUGACUCGCGCGGCGGCCCUGCUGCCGGGGGGGCUGUGGGCGCGCCGGGGGUGAGACGGCACAGCGACGGGGAGAGGCCGCGCGACGUGGACAGAGGGGGCCCGCGCGAGAGUGAUUGGAGGAGAGAGCGUGAGGGGGUGAAGGGCCCAGUGGAGGAGAGGGGAGGGCGGCCGAGUGGGGGCGAGUCAGAGCAUGGCGGGCAGGGUGGCGAGGCCCAGCGGCGAGGCCGCGAUGGCGCAGUGCAUGCCAGGGACGGGGGGGACGGUAGACGGGGCAGCGAGGGCAGCAAAGAGGGCGUGGAGGAGGAGGAUGGGGAGAUUGGCGAGUGGUCAGGCGGGCACGCGGAGGCGCGUGGCAGCCCGCCUCAAGGGGGGGCGGGCAAGGGGGGGCGCGGCAGUGCGGUGGAUGAGAGCGAUGGUGCGGAGGGGAGGAGGAAGAGGAGGUGGGGCGGGGAGGAGGAGAUGGAGUAUGAGGUGCUGCUGGCUGACGUGGACGCGGGGGCGCGAGGCACAGGGGGUUCGAGGGAGAGGGAGAGGGAGAGGGAGAGGGAGAGGGAGAGAGACAGAAAUGAGACGCAGCAGCCGUGGGGUGGGGUGAGGGAUGGGAUUGGGGAGAGGCGGCAGCAGGUGAGGGCUCGCGUGGUGUCUGUGGAGGGAGGGGCGGGUCGUGAUGGGGCAGGCGGAGUGGGCGGGAGGGAGGAGGGCGAGGAGGGCGAGGCGGGGGAGAGAUAG